AUGAAGUUUAUUGUUCUCCUGUCAGUUUUGUUUGUCUCUCUUGAGAAAGUAUACUCAGCCCCCAGCUUUGGCAAUCAUGAAAUUGUAGAAGUAGGAUCUCAAAUCAUAGAAGGAGGGCCUGAAAUCUUAGAAGAAGGGCCUGAAAUCAUAGAAGAAGGGCCUGAAAUCAUAAGAGAAUGCCCUACAAUCAUAGAAGAAGGGCCUGGAAUCAUAGGAAAAUUGCCUCAAAUCCCAGAAGAAGGGUCUGAAAGUUUUGAUUCAUCAAGAUGGACUGAUGGAGAAUUUCAGACAGAACUAUCACCCAUAGAUAGAAUUACCAAGGAUCCUCUUGGACGUAACUAUAAGAUGAAAAAAUCCAAAUUGCUUAGCAUUGGCAAGUUUGUGACUUGGUAUAAGCAAACUUCUGUCAAAAGAUGGACAAGGAUCUAUGAUGUUGCAAAAAAGGUUUCUGGUGAAUCAAAGGAUUUCACCAAUGUUCAAGGGGUGAUUGAUAUAGUCCUUAGCCUUGGAGACCAUGGUUCCCCUCCUUCUCCAGAAAUGAUUUGGAGAAAAUUGAUCACACCCACUUAUGAUGCACUUCAAGAUGAUUCACUCAGUGAAAUGGAAAGGAUGUGGGCUGUUGGGAUUUCAAGCAAAUCUCAUGAUACUUCACCUGAGUUUGACAACAUCUUUGAAUGUUUCAUCAACUUUCCAGUCACAAUAAAAAAGAAGAAUCUUGUGUCAUUGAAAGAGAAAUUCACAAAAUACGUGGAAAAAUAUCCAAUUCCCAAGAAAGAUCCCAGUGGUAUCCUGGAGGAACAUUGUAUGGAUGAGAUAAUAUCUCAUUUGACCACACUUCUGCAAGACAGGCCACCUUUGCUUGAGGAAAUUCAGGGGAUUUUUGGCCUCUGGAAAAAGACAGAGUCCUAG